AUGGCGCUGUUGAGCCUCACCGCCGGGCAAAUCCUCGCCCUCGCCCUCACAGCCGGGCUCACGUUGGAAAAGCUCCAGGCCAACAGCGCAAUUCUCAUUAUCGGGGGCUCAGAAACGACGGCAACGUUGCUUUCAGGGGUGACAUACUUCCUGUUGACAAACCAUCACGCGAUGGAGACGCUCACGGCUGAGAUUCGUGAAACUUUCAAGUCUGAAGAUGAGAUCGACUUCGCCAGUGUCAGCACACUUCCGUAUCUGCUGGCGUGCCUUGACGAGGCGCUCCGCAUGUAUCCCCCAGUCCCGACUGGGCUACCGCGCGUGGUGCCGAAGGGAGGGGCCAAUAUUGCGGGCAAUUACGUGCCUGAGAAGACAGUGGUGGCGGUUCAUCACUGGGCUAUGUACCACAACGACGAGCACUUUAAGGAUCCCUUUGCUUACCACCCUGAGCGAUGGCUCGACGACCCGGCGUUUGCUGGGGACCACAAGGAAGCGUUCCAGCCGUUUCAUCUGGGCCCGCGUAACUGCCUCGGGAAAAACCUGGCUUACAUCGAAAUGCGCCUUAUUCUAGUCCGGAUAUUGUGGAACUUUGAUCUCCGUAUCGCUGAGGACAGUUUGGACUGGAUGAGCAAGCAGCGGAUCUACAACUUGUGGGAAAAGGGGGAAGCUGAACGUGCACUUGUCGCCUGUCCCAUUACCGGCACCAUGUUGCCUCUCGCAAUCCACCCAGCUGACUUUUGGCUCAGGUCCGAGGGCGGGCUGAUACUUACGCCGCCGCUGGCGACAACCUGUCCGUUGGAUGCUAGAACCUUGUUGCCGGUCAUGUACUGGAUGUUGUAG